UGCUGAUCCUUCUGAUGGCAUGGCCAACCAAGCACAGAGCACCUUACACAACUCACUUCACAUCUUCAUGAAUGGCUCCAUGUCUCAAGUCCAAGGAUCGGCUAAUGACCCGAUCUUUGUGCUUCAUCAUGCAUUCGUCGACAGCAUCUUUGAGCAGUGGCUGAGGAGACACCAGCCUGUGGGGGGGGUCUACCCUGCAGCUAACGCACCAAUCGGACACAACCAUGGCUAUCACAUGGUCCCAUUUAUUCCGCUGUACAGGAAUGGUGAUUUCUUCCUUUCGUCACGGGAGCUGGGAUAUGACUAUGCUUAUUUGUUGGAGCCAGGACAAAGGUUCCUGGAGGAGUUUUUGGCACCAUACCUGGAUCGAGCACGGCAGAUUUGGCAGUGGCUGCUAGCAGCUGGGAUAGUCGGGGCACUGGUGGCGGUCAUCUUUGUCUUGUCAGUCGUGCUGGCCUGUCGCAAGAGGAAGAGAAGAAGGUCCUCUUAUGAAGAGAGACAGCCUCUGCUCCACGAAAGUGAUGAGAGCCAGAACCUCAAUUACCAAACUACACUGUGACCGAAAACAGGAGUAUAGACAGGGACGGGCAAGUUUGCUGUGAGACAUGCUGCAGCCUCUAACGAAUAUGUAGAGCACGGUUGGCAAACUGCAAAUGUGACAAUGCAUUUGUGUCGAGUCUGGGAACAUUGCCUCAACAGUCCAUAAAACAGAUUUGCAUGCAUAAGUAAAUGUGAUCUGGCAUAGCUGAUAUGGUAUUGCUGUUUUUUUGUGUUUUUGUUUUUUUUCCAAAACGUGAUCCAGUAAUGAUCUACUAAAUAUAAACUACAGUUUCAGUGGCAGUUUGGAUGAUGUUUACAAGGAAUUACAUUUGAAUCCUGUCUUUUUUUUUUUUUUUUUUUUUUUUUAAUCAAAUUGUAUUUUUAUUUUUUAUUCUGUUUUAUUUGUAUUUUAUUUUAAAACAACAGGGUAUUAUUGUGUUUAACAGAACUACUUUGAUGCAGUUUUUCAUACAGGUUUCAGUAAGUCUGAUCACUUAUCACUUGCCUAUCUCUAACUGCAUUCCUUGAUCGUUACAUAAAUGUAAGUACUGAAAAAAAAAUUAUUAAACAGAAAUAUGCUGUGAUUUUUGUAUUGAUUUACACUCUCUUGAUCACUCUUAAAUUUUCAAGCACUUAAGGUUAGCAUUUUUUUUUUUUUUGAUUGAGAGCCAUUUCCAUGGUUACAGGCCUUUGUAUUUGGUUGGCUUCUGUUGUUUACAGUGACAUGUGCACCAAUAUGAUUGGCUAGAAGGGGUGCACCUGAAAAAUCCACUGAAAAAAAUAACUGGAAACCCAUGGUAGACUUGGGUACAUUAACAAUGGUAUUGAACUGUAAAUAUUCGCCAUACGAAUACACUUACUUGUUGGGGUAGAGAAUGACGAUCAAAGCAUUUAAAAAAUAUUUUUGUAGAAAUCACUCAACUUUUUUUUUUUUUUUUUUUUUUAAAUCAACACCUUUGAAGUAAAGCAUAAAAAAAUUAGCAAACCAAAAUGGGGAACAGCGACAAUGCGGCAAAUGUGACUAAGAAAAUGCUUUAGUUCAAUAAAUCUGUUUCUCAGUAUUAUUAUUUUACAAUUCACAAAAGGACAAGAAAAGAAUAUAACUCAUUGUGGGCAGAGCACUAUUCUUAGACACAUUGAAUCACUGAGGGC